ACACAGUCACUGUCAUGUUUUGUCUAUUAAUAGAUUGACACAGAAUAUAAUAACAGAUAUGUAGCAGUGGAGAUCAGUGACUUUUUUAACCGGUAUGCUGGUAUAUUUUUUAAUGUAAUAUUUUACAUUACUAGUCAUCUUUAUUUAUUUAUAUAGCGCUUUAAACAAAAAAGAUUGCGUCAAAGCAACUGAACAACAAUAAUUAGGAAAACAGUGUCAAUAAUGCAAAAUGACAGUUAAAGGCAGUUCAUCAUUGAGAGAGGUUACUAGAGGUAAUAAUAAUAAUAAAAAUAAUAAAAGACAGGAAAUGAGGAGGAAAUGAUGCAGCUCUGGUUAUAAAUGAGGCUGGUACUCCUUCCAUAUUUAUCAUUUGUCAUUUGCUUUCGGCUGAUGUGUCCUGCGCUAAGGUAUGAACAAGUUCUGAUCAAGGUUGAUUAUUACUAUUAAGAUUGGUUACUAGACUGAAAAAAAUGGUGUAGGGUUUCAUUUGAAACAAUUUUCACUAAGAAUUUGCUUUACAUUAAACAAAUAAUUACAAAGAACAUGAAAAUUUUAGGUAGAAAGAAUUAAAAGUAUUUUUUCUCACAAUUAAAAUAUCUCACAAUUUCAUCUCAAGCAUGCUGGAUUAUUGUAAUUGCUGUGUUGUAGUCGUUGCUAUGGUGAUGUCGGUCAGAAUGGCUCCUCCUCUUCCUCUGAUCUUUCUCCUCAUGAUUCACAAUGUUUUCAGUGAAAAUGGUUGGGGUGUGAGUUACAGUCCUUCACACAUCUGUGCACUAAAGAACUCAUCAGUGAUAAUGAGCUGCACUUUUACAUACCCUACUGGAUAUCAGAUCAUGAAAGUGUUCUGGACCAAAAACCCUGUAAAGGGUAAAGAGCCUCCAGAUCUAUCUAAGGAUCCUGAAUACAGACAGAGGCUUCAGUAUCUGGGAGACAAACAGCAGAACUGCACCAUCAGACUGAGUCAUGUGACACAGAAGGACCAACACAUGUACUAUUUCAGAUUCAUCACUGAUAAACCUGAUGUGAAAUGGAUUGGUUAUCCAGGAGUGACUCUUACUGUCACAGAUCUUCAGGUGGAGGCUCCUGAGAGAGUGACAGAGGGUCAUAAUGUCAGUCUGACAUGUAAAAGCAGCUGCACUCUGACUGACAGAGCAACAUUCAUCUGGUACAGAAACUCACAGCCAUUAACUGAGAGAAGAGACAGAAACAAUCAACUCCUGCUGCCAGAAACAGAUAGCAAUCAACUCCGCUGCUGCAGAGUCAGAAGAGAGGAUGCAGGCAGAUACAGCUGUGCUCUACAUGGACACAGUUACAUCUCUCCUGCUGCUCAUCUCAAUGUCACCUAUGCACCAAAAAAUGUCUCAGUGUCCAUCAGUCCAUCUGGUGUAAUAGUGGAGGGAGAUUCAGUGACUCUGAGCUGCAGCAGUGAUUCAAACCCUCCUGCAAAAAUCAACUGGUUUAAAGGAAGAACGUUUGUAGGAUCUGGAAGAAUCUACAACAUCUCAAAGAUCAGUUCUGAUCACAGAGGAGAAUACAAGUGCAAGUCCACCAAUGAACAUGGAGAGAAAUACUCUGAUGUUGUGACUUUAAACAUCAUGUAUCCUCCCAGGAACGUCUCAGUGUCUAUAACUGGAUCUGGUGUAAUAGUGGAGGGAGAUUCAGUGACUCUGAUCUGCAGCAGUGAUUCAAACCCUCCUGCUCUGAACUUCAGCUGGUUUAAGGAGAAUCAAAGCUCAGCUGUUGGAUCUGGACAGAGUUUCAGUGCACUACAGAGUGGACGCUUCUACUGUGAGGCUCACAAUCAACAUGGAUCUCAGAGAUCAGACGCUGUUACUGUCACUGUUAAAGGUGGACAUAAUAGAGUCCUGUACACAGCUGUUGUGAUUGCAGUUGGAUGUGGAGUUUUAUUUCUUAUCUGCAUCAUCAUGUUCAUGAGGAAGAGAAAAGGAAGUGCAGUGUCAGACGUCAGGCAGAUGCAGCUUCAACAGCCUUCCAGCUCUGACAGAAACCACUUUGAGGAUGGUCUGUAUGCCAACAGAACAGAUCAGACCUCAGGAAAAACUCCUGAAUCCACAGAUACCAUGAAGCUCAAGUACACAACCAUCCAACACAUCAGAAACAAUGAAAGCAAUUAUGAGAAUCUGCGAAUACACCAUCCUGAUUCUGCUGUGAGAUCCGUUGUGAUGAUGGAUAAAUCAGUGAUUUACAGCACAGUCAAAUGAUCCAGGACCCGGCAAAUGGACUGAAAAUGGAGCUGGACUCCAGCUGAAUGUAAACAUACCUUUAAAUCAAAUGUUUAUAAUAGUGAUUUAAUCGUGUAAAGUCCCAUCACAUUUUCUCCUUCUCUGUUGAUUGCCUGUAGUUAAAUAGGAAGUGCUGCACAGUUGUACCAACACCACAAACUAGAAGAAUUUCAGUGGUGGUUAUUUACAUCAUUGUACCUAGAUUUUUUUAAGACUGUGAUUUGGCGUGUCUGUGUGGGAAGUUAUAGCAUCGACUAGCUGCAAAAAUGCAUUAAAUGUUGAAACACUUUCUGUUUAUAGCACAUUUUGUAA